AUGUCUGACGCAGCACGCAAGGGAUUCGGCGAGCAGGCCCAGGAGAAGCUUACCCCUCAAAGCCAGAAGUCCACUGGACAGGUCAUCGGCGAGAACCUCACCGGUGCCGGAGACAAGGUUGCUGGCGCAGUUCAGCCAAGCAGCGAAAAGUCAACCACCCAGAAGGCUGGUGACAGCGUCCGAGGCACUGGCGAUAGUGCUCAGAAGGAGGGUGGUGGUAUCAUCGACAGCGUCUCAAAGACCGUCACCGACACCUUCAACUCCGUCACCGGCAAGACCGAGAACGCUGCCAAGAAGAACGACUUGUAG